AGCCCCUUGUGUGAACCACCGCUUCCUGGUUGUCUGCAAAUGGACAAUUUAAGUUGUUUUUAAACCUGCGCUCCGGUGGGAAACUGGCCCCCGUUUGACUCGGGAUUAAAAUGUCACCCAGAAGCGGCUGUAGCCCGGUUCUGCUCGUCGUGCUGUGUCUAGUCGUGACCGCCUACUGUAAGUUUCCAUCUCUGGACCACAUAAAACCGAAAGCCAGCAACAAGGUUCAGGGGAGAGCAGUGGUGGAGCUGCUGAAGCGUCUUCUCGGGAACAGAUCCACGGAGUUCAUAGUGUUAGUCAACAGGAGCCUUUCCAAUGACAGCCUGGAUGUGUGUGAGCUUAGGUCCACUAGAAACAAUAAGAUAUUCGCCACUGGCAGCUCGGGAGUGGCCGUGGCUUCUGGGAUUUACAACUAUUUGAAAUAUUUCUGCAACUGCCAUGUUUCCUGGUCGGGGGACCAGCUGGACCUCCCCCGUCCCCUGCCGAGGCUCACCGGCGUUUUGCGUAUCAACACCCAGCACAGAUUCCGGUAUUACCAGAACGUCUGCACAUUUAGCUAUUCCUCUGUGUGGUGGGACUGGCCUAGAUGGGAGAGGGAGAUCGACUGGAUGGCACUCAAUGGAAUCAAUCUUCCACUGGCCUUUACCGGCCAAGAAGCCUUGUGGCAAGAGGUUUAUCGAGCUCUUGGGCUGAACCAGUCAGAGAUCGAGGAGUUCUUCUCUGGCCCCACGUUUCUUGCCUGGAACCGAAUGGGAAACAUGUUCAAGUUUGGUGGGCCUCUACCACAGUCUUGGCAUGUGAACCAGCUCUUACUCCAAUUUAAAAUCCUGGAGCGUAUGAGGUCCUUUGGCAUGAUUCCUGUGCUGCCAGCCUUUUCUGGGAAUAUUCCCAAGGGAAUCCUCAGGUUGUAUCCAGAAGCCAAUGUUACCCGACUGGGGCCAUGGUCUCAUUUCAACUGCAGCUUGUCAUGCUCCUACAUCUUAGACCCUCGGGACCCACUUUUCCUCCACAUAGGUUCCCUCUAUCUGUCGCAGGUGGUAAAGCAGUUUGGAACGGAUCACAUCUACAACACCGACACCUUCAACGAGAUGACUCCACCUUCGUCUGACCUGGCCUACUUGUCUGCAGUCAGUCGAUCCGUCUUUGCCUCGAUGACGGCAGUUGAUCCUCAGGCAAUUUGGCUGAUGCAAGGCUGGCUGUUCUUCAGUGAUGCAGUGUUUUGGAAGCCAGCCCGGAUUCAGGCCUUGUUACACGGGGUGCCCCUCGGAAGAAUGAUCGUGCUGGACCUGUUUGCAGAGACCGAGCCAAUUUUCUCCUACACCGAGUCUUUCUAUGGACAGCCCUUCAUCUGGUGCAUGUUGCAAAACUUUGGGGGCAACAGUGGGUUCUUUGGAACAGUGGAGAGCGUCAAUUCAGGGCCUUUCAAAGCCUUACAUUUCCCAAACUCCACUCUGGUGGGCCUCGGCAUGACACCUGAGGGAAUUGAACAGAAUCCUUUGAUGUACGAGUUGAUGACGGAGCUGGCUUGGCGCAAGGAGCCAGUCAACUUGUCCAGUUGGGUGUCGCUGUAUGCAGUACGCCGCUAUGGCAGCUCUCAUAACAACUUGACCACGGCAUGGAGGCUUUUGUUAUCAAGUGUUUACAACUGCACAGUGCCUCAUUACCGGAAUCACAACCAUAGCCCACUGGUACGCCGGCCUUCCUUUCGUAUGAAUACUGACCUUUGGUAUGACCCUGCUGACUUGUACAAAGCCUGGAAAAUGAUGAUUGAGGCAGCUCCAUCUCUCAUCUCCAAGGAGACCUUUAGGUAUGAUCUUGUGGAUGUGACUCGGCAGGUCCUACAAGUCCUGACAACAUCCUAUUACAAGGAUAUCGUGGCGGCCUACCACAACCAGAAGCUGCCAGAGCUUCUGACUGCAGGCGGGGUUCUGGUUUAUGAUCUCUUACCUGAGCUUAAUCGUUUACUGAACAGUGACCCCAACUUCCUGUUGGGCACAUGGCUGGACCGGGCUCAAUCUUUAGCCAUAGAUGACAAGGAGGCAGAGCUUUAUGACAUGAACGCCAGGAAUCAGCUUACUCUAUGGGGUCCCAGUGGUGAGAUAAUUGACUAUGCUAACAAAGAGUGGGGAGGCCUCAUGGAGGACUACUAUGCCCAACGAUGGGGGCUGUUUGUUCACACCCUGGUAGAGUGUCUGGACAGCGGACAACCGUUCAAACAGGACACCUUCAACCAGGCAGUUUUCCAGGUAGAACGGGGAUUCAUUUACAACAGCCGAAAAUACCCAACCAAGCCUCAAGGAGACACUUACGAGAUAGCCCACAAGAUAUUCCUCAAGUACUACCCACAGGCCUUAAAGACGCUAUAGUGAGCAGGGACUAUGCUUUGUAAAAUCAAAACAAGCUGCAGCAAGAAGAAUGUCGUCCUCCACCUUUUCCCCUCCGGUUCUUCAUGGCUAUUCCAAAAUAUUUUUUGAUGUAGACGUUUUACAGCCUUGGUUAACAGGAACAAUCUGUUUUGCACUUGUAGUCAAUUAUGGAUAGUUCUGCAUGUUGGAGAGAAAAAGAAGGAUUUCAUUUAACAUUCACAAUGACCAAAUAUACCCAUACAUUUUUUUGUAAUAUAAGAAAAGGAAAGAAAGAUGGUUGGCCAAGCCAAGCAUCAAUAGAUAGGAUGAGAGGGGGCAUUGUAAAGCAGUUUCCACCAAGCGGCAACAUCUAUUGUUGAUUAAUGAAGCCAAUGCAGUAUGAGAAACUGCAGUUCAUCGGGUGUCCACUAACUGUGCUGUUGCUUGCAAAGAAGCAACGACACAAUUAACAACACAUGUCAGGUGGGCAUUGCAGUUUUUGAAAACUGUCAUGUCAGUCAUCAGUUUGAAGUUGAAGACUGCUAUGCUACUUCCAGAGACAAUUUUCACAUCCAAACAAAUGCUCUCCUCCAAGCUCAGCUCCAACAUGUCUUUACUCCACAAUAAAUGUGUAGUGUAUGUUGGAGCCAUGGAUGGAUAUAAUUGUCUUUGUGGUAUUUAUUUAGGGUUGAGGUAGUCUGCUAUAUAUUGGUGUUUUGGGUUAUUGAUUAUUAUAUCAUUUAUCAGGAUUGUGUUGAGUGGGGGGAUGUCGGGUCACAUGGGUAUGGGCGGAGAUGUGUUGAUUUAACUCACCUGUUAAUUAUUUGUUCUCAGUGGAAGAGAGGGGGUGAGCUGGGUUGCCGUAUUUUUUGUUGACCGCUAUUGUUUCUAGUUCACUGUGAUUAUGAGUUAAUGCACGUUAUUAUAAGUUAAGUUGGUUAUCUUUUUUAUGUUAAUAAAAAAGUCAAACUUAUUUUUACCUAUCACAGUAUUCUUUUGAAAGCGCGUCGGACAAAUAUAUUAGGCCCAACCUUAGCCUCUCAGCGGCUUCAUCUUCAGGAAAGCCGCUAUAGUGUAUAUUAGAUUUUUGCCAUAUUAAUGUCCAGAAUGUUGCAUAAUGUCUUUAAUCUGGAAAAUUGUGUAUUUUUCUUCGCAGAAUAAUUGACAGUGGUGUGUGCCUUGUAGACACUAGGGCCCGACUAGGGAUAUUAGGAUACCGAUAUAUCGCCUGAUAUCUUUCUUAGAUUUAUCUUCAAUCUGUACAGAUGGAUACAUGUAGAUUUAGAUAUAUACUGGUACAUGUUUUGCAUUGUUCCCUCAAAUGCAGUUAUCAAACACUUGUGGAAAAGAUGGUCACUCAACUUGAAAGUAACUGCGUAUGUUUGUACGUGCAUCACCGCUUGACACUCUGGAGAGUGAUAAUGCUUGCUGUAAUCCAUAUAGCACACUCUCCUGGUAACAGAACGAAAGAGGAUUGCUAGUGUAAUACAAUGAUAUAUUGGCACACAUCUGUGAUAAAAUUAGCCAAUACUGGAUAUGCUAAUAUCGGCCGAAAUUAUUUGCCGGUCGAUUGAUCGGUCAGGCUCUAGUAGACGCUGCAUUAAGUAGAUGAAGAACAAGUACAAGUCAUAACUACCAAGCAGUAUGGAUGUGUUUGAUCUUUCAUAGCAAUUUUCUACUUCAAUACUGAUUCGGUCAGUGAGACUGGACCAUGACGCAGCAACAUUUUUUAAGGUUUAAGGAAAUAUGAUGCUCUGAACAAAAUGGCUCAUGGUGCACCUUAGAUGAUCAUUGUUUUGCCUUGUUGCUACAGGAUUUUUCAAACUUUAAAAAUAUAUUUUUGUAUGGAUUCACAGAUGUCACAUUGCAUUUGUAAAUUAAGGAAGUAAAAGGAGGACAUUGUUCUUUAUUUUGCAGUCUAAAUAUAAACAAAAUGUUGAUAACUUUCAGUAUUAAUGCCGUGUAUAGAAGUUAUACAAGAAAUAAUUGUUGGAACUUUUAUUCUCAGCAAUUUAACUUUGUUCCUAAAAUGCAAAACAAAUCAAAAGUUUUUGGCAUCGUAUUUUCCCUUAUGUCCGAACAUAUCACUGAGAUUUAUUACUGUUUUUCUUGACAUUAUGAUUUGAUUCUCCUCUUGUGUUUUUAUUAGCAUGGCCCCUAUAAUCUUCUGUUUACUGUUGUGUAGAUGAGAUAUUUUUUUUUUUUUUUACAGAUAUAGUUUCAGUAAAGAACAAUUAAAAUACUUUGCCAGGAUUAUGAUUAUUUCUUUGUUUUAGCGGUCACUACAUGAGCACAGCUUACGUUCACAAUGUGCCAACCAACACUUCAUGAUGCACAAUAUUUGUGUCCUUUUGUACAAAUGUUUUUUUUUAAAUGUAUUAUGUUCAACUGAACUGUGAUUCUUAAUCUCAGGCAUGUCAUAAAAGUCUUACGGCUAUGUGGCUAAUACAAUGAUUUUAUUCUCAAA